AUGCCCUGUCCCAGCUCCUGCCCCCCCGGGCUCUUAGCCCUGAUGGCACCUGGGCUGGCUCUCAUGGCCACUUUCUCUUUGCCCUCCCAGGCCGGGGACAGGAGAGCGCUGCCAGUGGAGAAAACUUCAGGUGUGAGAGGAAGAACUCUCAUUCUCCUUGAUGUCAACACCAAGACCCCUGUCAGGAUAAUCAGUGAGAAUUUCCUCUCCCUGCAGCUGGACCCCUCCAUCAUUCAUGAUGGCUGGCUCGAUUUCUUAAGCUCCCGGCGGCUAGUGACUCUGGCGCGGGGCCUGGCCCCCGCCUUCCUGCGCUUCGCGGGCAAGAGGACGGACUUUCUGCAGUUCCACAACGUGAAGAACCCAGCCAAAAGCCGUGGCGGGCCCGGCCCGGACUACUACCUCAAGAACUACGAGGACGACAUUGUUCGCAGCGACAUUGCCCUGGAUAAGCAGAAAGGCUGUAAGAUCGCCCAGCAUCCUGACAUAAUGUUGGAGCUACAGAGGGAAAAGGCAGCUCAGAUGCACUUGGUUUUGUUAAAGGAGCAGUUUUCAAACACAUACAGCAACCUCACAUUAACAGCCAGGUCUCUAGACAAACUCUAUAACUUUGCUGACUGCUCUGGCCUUCACCUGAUCUUUGCACUGAAUGCUUUGCGCCGAAAUCCCAACAACUCCUGGAACAGCUCCAACGCUCUCAGUCUGCUGAAGUACAGUGCCAGCAAGAAGUACAACAUCUCCUGGGAGCUGGGCAAUGAGCCCAAUAACUAUCGGACCCUGAUGGGCCGCUCAGUGAACGGCAGCCAGCUGGGGAAGGACUACGUUCAGCUGAGAAGCCUGCUGCAGCUUAUCCGUGCUUACUCCAAAGCAAACCUCUAUGGACCCAACAUUGGGAGGCCCAGAAAGAAUGUCAUCGCCCUCCUGGAAGGGUUCAUGAAGGUGGCUGGCAGCACUGUGGAUGCUGUUACCUGGCAACAUUACUACAUUGAUGGAAGAGUGGCCAAAGUGACAGACUUCCUGAAAACACGCCUGUUAGACACCCUGUCUGAGCAGAUCAGGAAAAUCCAGAAAGUAGUGAACACAUACACACCAGGGAAGAAGAUCUGGCUGGAAGGUGUUGGUGCGACCUCGGCUGGAGGCAUGAACAACCUCUCCGAUUCCUAUGCGGCCGGGUUCCUGUGGCUGAACACACUGGGCUUGCUGGCCAGCCAGGGCAUUGAUGUGGUGGUGCGGCACUCCUUUCUUGACCAUGGCCACAACCACCUGGUGGACCAGAACUUCAACCCGUUGCCGGACUACUGGCUGUCCCUGCUCUACAAGCGCCUCAUCGGUCCCAAGGUGCUGGCAAUCCAUGUAGCUGGUCUGCAGAGGAAACCCCGGCCUGGCAGGGUCAUUCGUGACAAGCUCCGCAUUUACGCUCACUGCACCAGCUACCACAAUCACAACUACGUCCGAGGGUCCAUCACCCUUUACAUCAUCAACCUGCAUCGCUCCCGGAAGAAAAUCAAGCUGGCAGGAACACUGCGGGAUAAGAUUGUCCACCAGUACCUGCUGCAGCCCUAUGGCAAGGAUGGGCUCCACUCCAAGUUGGUCCAGCUCAAUGGGCAGCCACUAGCCAUGGUAGAUGACGGAACCCUCCCUGAGCUAAAGCCUCGUCCACUGCGGGCUGGCCGCACCCUUGUCAUCCCCCCUCUGACCAUGAGCUUCUAUGUGGUGAAGAACGUGAAUGCUCUGGCCUGCCGGUACCGAUAG